GGACAAUAUACCCGUUAAAGCGAGGUGGCCGCUCUCAGGUUUCUCUGUAACGAAUGUUCAAAGUUGGAGCAGUUGGGAGAUUUAACAGUCGUCGUCAAAUCGCGGGUCGCAGGUUGAUUUUCAUCAGAACCUAGAAUAUCUGACAAGAGAGCACAAAGGCAUAAAUAUGUCAGAUCCGGAAUUGGAAGCGAUACGACAGCAACGGUUGAUGCAGUUGCAGUCUCAAUAUAAGGAUAAUAAUGUCGACAAUAAACAAGCAAUGGAAGAGAGAAUGCAACGUAUGGAAGAGAUGAAACAUACUAUAUUGGCUCAAGUAUUGGAUCAGUCAGCCAGAGCGAGGUUAAACACACUUUGUCUUGGGAAACCAGAGAAAGGAAAAAUGGUAGAAGAAAUGAUUCUGAAUAUGGCACAAAAUCGUCAAUUACCUGGGAAGCUCGGAGAGCAACAAUUAAUCAAUUUACUUGAGAGUUUAAAUCAACAGACACAAAAGAAAACAAUUGUCAAAUUUGAUAGAAGAAGAGCAGCUUUGGAUUCAGAUGAUGAUAUGGACUUGUAGCAAAUGUACAAAUUUUUUAUCUGAAAUAUUGCUUUAAUCACAAUUUAAUAUUUUUAUCCUUGAUUUGAAUGUGCAGUUGAAGGUAAUCUUUUACAGUACAUACUUUUAUGCUUAGUUGUAUACUUUACUUUUAUGCUAUAAAAAUAAAAAUUAUUAAUGCUAAUUUGGCAGAUUUUGGUAUAGAUAUAAGGGAAGACUAUUUAAAAUU